GUGUAGUGGAAGGUGUCCCUGCCCAUGGCUGGAGGUUGGACUAGAUGAUCUUUAAAGGUCUGUUUUCCACCCUUAUGUUUCUAUGUUAAAGUUCUUUUAGAUCCUGAGAAUGAAAAUCAGUGUGCAUAAGCACAUGAAAAUUACAUAUGCAUUGUUUUAUGACUUUUCAGGGUCACCUGCUUGCCUUCUCAUUGAUUUUCUUUAACAAUUAAAUGCUGCUAUGUUAAGAUACUUCCAAAGUUAUUCAUUGAGAUGAUGCCAAAAGCAUAACAGCAACCAGCCAAUUUGUAUUUGCAUAUUUUGAAUAUUUAUAAUUAAAAAUUGAAGGAGUUUGUUAAAAGUAGGGGACCUGAAAUUGUCUUCUAGCCGUAGGUAGCCUUUAGCUUGUAACUUGAGUGUUGUUGUGUAACUAGAAUUGUCCUGGUGAAUACAGUUGGAGUGGAAGAAGGUCACUCAAAUAGACUUCAAGAUGACUAAAUGGUAGACUUGAGGAAAACUAGUCAUAACAGACCAACAGUAUCUCCCCAUCCCCCCAAAUUCCCUCUUCUUCUUGUGCUUUUUUUUUCUGUUUUGGCCUGAAACAGAGUGCAUUACUUAGAGAAUGGCUGUUGUUCCUGUUGCAUGUGCCAAAAUAAAACAUUUUCCCAGGUGUGCCCUCCUUCUGAACAAAAUGAAUUCUUAAGUCUCUUAUUAGUAAUUAGGUACUUGUCUGCAGGGUCUGGAGUCCAACUAGGUUCAAGCAGGAGGUUCCUGUAGGAACUGCUCACAAAACAAGCUUUUCUUCCCUUGGGGUGUUACUCCACGGUUCUUUGUAGAGGUGUUUGAAGUUGGUCAUGUUUUAGAGCCAUCUAACUUGACCUUUUGUAAUUUAUGUUUCAAUAAAUUGUCGGCAUUGGACUCCCUUGUUCUAUUCCUUGUCAAGCCUGCAGUUCUGUGUGGAGCUGGCUCAGAUGGAAGUUACACACUGCGGGAUGGUCCAAGCUAGUCUGUGUCUACCAAGAUGAGCUGUUGUUGAGACUAUGGAUUUUGAUAAUACUUUCCUCCUUUCUAUAUGUUGUUUCACCCAUUGUAUGGCAGUAAUAGUUGUAUUUUGAAUACUCUGAUGCAGGUUUUUGCCUCUGAUGAUGCCUAUCUAAAAUAUACUCAUGUGUUUGCAGGUUACUUGCAAACUCUGAUAGACUUCAUUUUGCCAACAUCUUGUCUCUUUUUUUUUUUUAAGUUAUGUUGCGAGUAUAAUAAUCUCAAACUUUUUUGGGGAGGUGUAAGAAAUUGUCACUAGUUCAUCAUGAUGGAUGUGAAGUAUUUCAGGCACUUUUGACUGUAAGGCAAGACCAUGGGGUUUAUUUAAGAUUAGCUGAUUGAAUCAGGCCAAAGCACUUCAUGUGACUUUAGUUAGGUGUUGACAAGUGUGUUCAAAUUCAUAAACUGAAAAUAAGACCUUUUAGUGUAUAUUCGUUUAUGUUAGUGAUAAAUAGCUGGAGUGAAUUUCAUUGGCUUGUAGCAAGGUUUCCCUUUGCUUGUGUCAGCACAACUGGUUGCAGUUUUGGGAGAUGGUCAAGAUCAGUACAGUGCUGGGCUAUGUGGAGAUGUUUUGUCUUAUUAUCUGUAGCUGUGUUAUCAGUUGUUUUGUUCCAGCAUCUUUCUUUGGAAAUCCUUCUUUGUAUCUUAUUUGCACCUUUUCUGACUUUGAAGUAUUCCUAAAAUUGUGGAGUAAAAGCUGCUCAUGAAGUGUAGCUACUAGUGCUAAAGCAUCCAUUUGCUUACAAUAAGGUCAUUUCCUAAAUAAACUUCUGUGAUGUUGACCUAUGGAGCUGAAUAGACUGAAGUAAACUCAAGAGAACACUUAAAAUCUGUAAUCAUCCUACGUAUCUGCUCACUCACCUUCCUAGUGGGAUGGGGAGGUGGAUCAUACAAGGCUAAAAUCCAUGGGCUGAGAUAAGAACAGUUCAAAAAUUGGAGUAAAGAAAGAUACGGUAAUAAUAGGAAAAAGAGAGAGAGAGGCAUAAACCCCGAAUGUCAGGUGAUGCUCAACAGAAUUGCUCAGCACCCACUGACCCAGGCCCAGCAUCUCCCCCAGCAGUGAUUGGCCCCUCCUGGCCAGCUUCCCUGGCUUAUAGACUGAGCAGGACAUUCUGUGAUACAGAGUAUUCCUCUGGCUGAUUUGGGUCAGCUGCCCUGCCCAUGCUCCCCUCCAGCUUCUUGUAUAGCUGACUAGCGUAGGACACUGAAAAGUCCUUGACUUAGGGUAUGCAUAGCUUGGCACCAGACUUUGGUGUGUUAUUAACGUUAUUCUCACACUAAAUCUAAAAUGCAACACUGUAACACCUACUGAGAAGAAAAUUAACUCUAUUCCUGCUGAAACCAGGACAGCAGGAAAUCCUGCUCAAAGGAAGGAACACCAAGAUUGUGUUUCUAUGGAAGCUUUCUAUUAGAACUACCCAUGAGUUCUUGUUUGGUGCCCUUGCUGAACUUGUAGAUAAUGCCAGAGAUGCAGAUGCCACGAGAAUAGACAUUUAUACUGAGCGACGGGAGGACCUACGAGGUGGAUUCAUGCUAUGUUUUUUGGACGAUGGAACAGGAAUGGAUUCAAAUGAAGCUGCCAGUGUUAUCCAGUUUGGUAAAUCAGCCAAGCGAUCACCUGAGUCCACUCAAAUCGGGCAGUAUGGGAACGGCUUGAAAUCGGGCUCCAUGCGGAUUGGGAAGGAUUUUAUCCUGUUCACAAGGAAAGAUAACACCAUGACUUGUCUGCUCUUGUCACGGACGUUCCAUGAAGAAGAAGGCAUCGAUGAGGUCAUCGUUCCCCUGCCCACCUGGAAUGCACGGAGCUGUGAACCCAUGACGGACAACAUGGAGAAAUUUGCUAUUGAGACGGAGCUCAUUUACAAGUAUUCCCCUUUCAAAUCAGAACGGGAAGUGAUGGACCAGUUCAAUAAGAUACGUGGUGAGAAAGGCACCCUGGUGAUCAUCUUUAACCUCAAACUAAUGGAUAAUGGAGAGCCAGAGCUGGAUGUGACUUCUGACCCUCAAGAUAUUCAGAUGGCAGAAACACCCCGAGAGGGAACUAGACGGCUCUCUUGCAGCAAGCCGGAGCGCCGCUCCUUCCGUGCCUAUGCUGCUGUGCUUUAUAUUGAUCCCAGGAUGAGGAUCUUCAUUAACGGACACAAAGUACAAACCAAACGACUUUCGUGCUGCCUCUACAAGCCAAGGAUGUACAAAUACACUUCAAACCGUUUCAAGACCCGUGCAGAGCAAGAGGUGAAGAAAGCAGAGCACAUGGCAAGGAUAGCGGAAGAGAAGGCUCGUGAGGCAGAGAGCAAAGCCCGUGCCCUUGAGCUACGCCUUGGAGGGGAUCUCACGCGGGAGUCCAGGGUGACACUGCGUCAGGUCCAGAACUUGGCCAUCACCAUGCGGCAGGAGGCUGACGUCAAGAAAAGGAUUAAGGAUGCAAAGCAGCGGGCGCUGAAAGAACCCAAAGAGCUGAAUUUUAUCUUUGGGGUGAACAUUGAGCAGCGCGAGCUGGACGGCAUGUUCAUUUAUAACUGCAGUCGGCUGAUCAAGAUGUACGAGAAGGUGGGCCCACAGCUGGAGGGUGGCAUGGCAUGUGGAGGAGUGGUAGGCGUGGUGGAUGUGCCCUAUUUGGUUCUGGAGCCAACCCAUAAUAAACAAGACUUUGCUGAUGCCAAGGAGUAUCGACACUUGCUGAAGGCCAUGGGAGAGCAUUUGGCUCAGUAUUGGAAGGAUGUUGCAAUAGCCCAGAGAGGUAUCAUCAAGUUCUGGGAUGAAUUUGGUUAUUUAUCAGCAAACUGGAACCAGCCUCCGUCUAGUGAACUGCGCUACAAGCGCAGGAGAGCCAUGGAGAUCCCCACCACAAUUCAGUGCGAUGUCUGUCUGAAGUGGCGGACUCUCCCGUUCCAACUGAGCUCAGUGGAGAAGAACUACCCUGAUAGCUGGGUGUGCUCCAUGAACCCUGAUCCUGAACAAGACAGAUGUGAGGCUGCAGAGCAGAAGCAGAAGGUACCACUGGGAACUCUAAAAAAAGACUUGAAAUCACAUGAGGAAAAGCAGAAACAACUGACAGAGAAAAUCCGCCAGCAGCAGGAAAAGCUGGAAGCUCUGCAGAAAACCACUCCAAUUCGAUCUCAGGCUGACUUAAAGAAACUGCCUCUGGAAGUGACCACACGGCCUUCAAGGGAGCACACCCGAAGUCAGCGCCCACGAUCUCCUCCUUUGCCUGAUGCAAUCAAGAAUGCUCCCAGCAGACCACCAGGAUCUUCACCUCCUCCUAAGUCCUGCAGUCAGCUGAAAAAGAGCUCUUCAGAUCAUCCAAAUAGCAGCUCUCCCAAGCUAGCCAGCGUGCUCUUCAAGGAGGAAGCCAGCACUUCCAGGACACAGCAUCACACUGUGACAGCUGGGAAGUCUAACAGCACUUUAAAAACUCUUGCCAAACCAGGUACAAGCAUGAAGUCCCUCUCUGGCCUUCAGAGCCCCAAAAGCCCACGUGAGACACCCAAUCCAAAAGCUGCCAAGGUGCCAGCAGUAAAGAAAUCUGCCUCUGGCAGAUGUUCACAGGCCUCCAGCACUCGAAAGAGGGCCUUGAACAUCCCAGAGGAUGGGUCUGAGGAGGAAGGAGAACACAAAAAGGAGAGGACAAAACGAGGAAAAUUUUUGGCAAUGAAAGAAGAGAAGGAUUCCAGUGAGGUGGUGGUGGAGCUCACAGACAGUGCUGGAGAGGAAGAGUUGUUGGAACUGAAGAAAGCACAGAAAGAUAAGGGGCUGCACGUGGAGGUGCGUGUGAACAAGGAAUGGUUCACUGGCCGUGUCACGGCUGUGGAAAGGGGCAGGCACGCAAUCCGGUGGAAGGUGAAGUUUGAUUAUGUCCCUACAGACACCACGCCAAGGGAUCGCUGGGUAGAGAAGGGCAGUGAGGAUGUAAGGCUUAUGAAGCCUCCCUCUCCUGAGUACCAGGCUCCAGACACACAGCAGGAAGAGGAGGUGGUUGUGGCUGAACCUUCUACCUCGGAUUGCGUCAGAAUCGAGCCUGACACCACCGGUCCCAGCAGCAGCCAAGAAACAGUUGACUUGCUAGUCCAGAUCCUUCGGAAUUGUUUGCGAUACUUCUUGCCUCCAAAUUUUCCAAUCUCCAAAAAUGAGCUGAGUUCCAUGAGCUCAGAAGGGUUGUUGGCAUUUCCCUUGAAAGAAUAUUUCAAGCAAUAUGAGGUGGGUCUGCAGAACCUGUGCAAUUCAUAUCAGACACGUGCCGAUGCCCGGGCCAAAGCCUGCGAGGAAAACCUCCGGAACUCAGAGAGGAAGCUGAAGGAAACAGAGGAGAAACUGCAGAAGUUGAGGACUAAUAUCAUGGCCCUUCUGCAGAAAGUGCAGGAGGACAUUGAUAUUAAUACAGAUGAUGAACUGGAUGCAUAUAUUGAGGACUUGAUCAUGAAAGGAGACUGAGCAGCUCCAGUAUGAGUGCUGGAGAAGUACAGAGGAGCUGGCUGCUGCAGUGGGAGAUGUGGAUCUCUGUGCAGGUGGACUGGGGCAGCUGAUGAGGAGAGAGUUUUUUAGACAGUGCUCACGUUGGUAUAUAACUUGUUCCUGUGACUGUACAUAAGAAACAUCCGUGCUGUUGGCAGGAAAAUUUCCAACUUUGUAGUUCUCUGAAUCUCUUCCUUUUGUUUAUAAAUAUUUAUUUUUAAAAGAAAUGGGAGCUGUGCCUGAUAUGAUGGGUGGUUUUAGUGAUGUAAGAAGUGUGAGUACCCUUUUUGCAUCUUGGGUAUAUUCAUAUGCUAAACCUGGGAGCCCAGAGCACUCUGCUUAGCAUGUUGUCUUCAGUAAGAACCUGGCAGCAACUAAAAAAUAAGCCUUGAGCUGAAGCAGAGUGGGCCAGGACUUUGUUGUGGAGGAUACUGAACCUGGGCUAGAGAAAGCCAAGCCAUGAAUUUGAGCCAUAGAAAGGAGAUGUUGCUGUAUGAGUUGUGAGCAGAGGGGGUGGAACCUCGGGGGAUCUGGGGAAUUGGGCACUGGCACCUGCAGUGAGCUUCCUGAACAGGAGGUCGCUGCCACCGUGGUAACAACCAAGAGGCUGAGGGUCCUUCUAGAAGAGGAUCACCUCCUGGACUGUUCAUAGUGGGCAGCAUCAGAGGGAGAAUGCUGGAGUUUGUGUUCUCUGCUUGCAGUCACUUUAUAACUCACUUCUGCUGCUGUUUCUUUGAGACGUAAUUACAGUGUCAGAAGAACUCCUCGACCACCUGACAAUAAAGUGACUCCUGUUCUAUUGUCA